UAGUCGCAUUAUUGUAUUUAAAUCAUAUUAAAGUGAUUCAAUUUGAAAUAGAAUGAUUAAAUAUUUCAAGUUUUUAUAACAAGUAAUAAAAAUAAUAUACAAUGACAUCAGAAAUGGUUAAAUUUACAAAAUUACGGUCAGCUAUUGAUCCAAGUUUUUGGGCAAAAUUAUCAGAAUUGAAAUUAGAUAAAUAUAAAUUAGAAGAUAAAACGGAGAUAUCUAUCUGGAGUGGUUAUAGUUUUGACAAAAUAUAUGAAAACAAAAUAAGUCCAAUGAUUCUUGAUUGUACAUCAUUUAAUGAAAACGUUGAAACAACAUCACAUAAUGGAACUGUUGCUUGUUCUGGAAUACUCAUUAAUACUAAUACUUUUGAAGCAUUUAGACAAAUGCAACCUGAUAAAUUUAUUGAUUCACUUGGUAAACAUCUUAAAGAUGUAAUAAUUGAUGGAACAGCUAUAAAAGAACCAUGGCGACUUACUUUAUUUUUAUUAUUAUCAUACGCUGAUUUAAAAAAACACAGAUUUCAUUAUUGGGCAGCUUAUCCGACUUUAUUUAAUUUACCUGAAAUUUUUUAUGAAGCUCCACAUCAAAAAGCUAUUGAAAUAUUUUCAAAUAAUGAUUUUGAUAAACUGCGAAUUAGCUUCAAUAGUCUAGACUCAAAAUUAAAAUGUUUUUUUUCUGUAUUAUUAUCAAGUAAUAAUAACUUGGAGAUUAUUAAUUUAUCUGAAGGAAUCACUUACGUCAACUCACAAACAGAGAAAACAAAUGAAACUAAUUGCGCUCAUCAAAAAUUGUAUUUUGCUUUUUAUGAUCCAUGUGAUACUUUAGAACCGGGAUGGCCACUAAGAAAUCUUUUAUGUUUAUUAUUUUAUUCUUGCCCGGACUUUGCUUUUAGUGAAACAAUAAAUAUUUUAUCAAUUAGAGGCAAAAAUUUAGAAUCAUCUGUUAUUUUUACGAUAAAAGCAACAGAAAGUUUCAAUAAAGAUUUUAAAAAGAAAGAAAUGAUUGAAGGACGACUAGUAGGUUGGGAAGCAAAUGUAAACGGUAAAAUGGGACCAAAUAUUGCUGAUCUAUCAGAAUCACUGGAUCCAAAUCGAAUGGCUGCUCGUGCAGUUGAUUUAAAUCUCAAACUUAUGAAGUGGCGACUUGUUCCUGAUUUAAACUUAGAAAAAAUUUCUAAACUCCGUUGUUUAUUACUAGGGGCUGGAACAUUAGGUUGCUCAGUUGCAAGAGUAUUAAUCGGUUGGGGAAUCAGAAAUAUUACUUUUGUUGAUAGCUCUACAGUAUCUCACAGUAAUACCGUUAGACAAAGUCUUUAUACUCAUGAAGAUGCUGUCAAUAAACGAUUGAAAGCUGAAGCAGCAAGAGAUGCGCUUCUUCGAAUAUCUCCUACAUUUAAUGUUGAAGCUGUAAUUAUGCAUAUUCCAAUGCCUGGUCAUGUAGUAGGACAAAGUCUUAUGGUAUCCACUCAGACAGCGGUAAAAACGUUAGAAAAAUUAGUCCAGAAUCAUGAUGUGAUAUUUUUAUUGCUUGAUUCACGUGAAGCGCGUUGGUUACCAACAUUAUUAUGUGCGGUAUUUGAUAAAAUGGCAAUAAACGCAGCACUUGGUUUUGAUUCUUAUACUGUACAACGUCAUGGUAUACGAAAAAUAACAGUAGCUGGUUCUCCUGAUUUAACUCAGCAUUGUCCAUCUGGCGAAGAUCUUGGUUGUUAUUUUUGCAAUGAUGUAACUCAGCCGGGAAAUUCUCAAGUCGAUCGAACCCUUGACCAACAAUGUACAGUAAGUAGACCAGGACUAUCAUCAAUUGCUGCUGGUCUUGCUGUUGAACUAAUGAUCGCCGUCACUCAACAUUCCAAAGGCAGUAUUGGUGCCAAUGCUUUUAUGGAUGAUAGUCGAAGUCAAUAUCGUUCAAGUGAACGAGAGUCUUGUGAAGGUUUAUUAGGUAUAGUUCCACAUACUAUUCGUGGUUCUCUUUGGAAUUAUGAGAUGCGGUUAACGAUUACUCACAGAUUUCCAUCUUGUACUGCUUGUUCUAUACCAUUAAUUAAUGAAUAUCGAAAACGUGGUUUUGAUUUUAUACUUGAUGCUUGUAAUCAGCCAAAUUAUCUGGAACGAGUUGCUGGCUUAGAAGAUUUACUCAAAAGACCAAAUUUAGAUGAGCUAUGCUAUGCUAUAGAUAGUUCAGAUGAUGAAGACAGCGAAGACAUCAGUCUUGUAAAAAUAUAAAAAUUAAUUCACAUUUGAUAUACUUACUUAUAUUAUAAUUUAUUUUAUAAACAUACAAAAAAUUAUACUUUAAUAAAUCAUUAAUGUAAAAUUUUUAUUUUAUUAUUAAUGUAAUGGGUUUAAAAAUUAUAACUUUAAUAAAUAUUAAAUAUUAAUAACUUGAA